AUGGUACAAAUUCUUCAGGUGGAAGAUCCAAUUGUUAAUGUGGAGGAUAUCAAUAAAUUUAAAUUGGCUUUUCUAAUGCAGUUUUUCGUUCAACACAAGCAGCGGUUUCGCUUUCCUCGCAUUCGCUUGCAGGACUUGUAUCAGCACAUCCUAAUAGACACGGACGCAGUACCACUGUGUGAUUGCGUCGCGCGCAUUCUCCGGUUCCUGCGCCACCGCGACCCAAUGGUAUGCAUUGCGAGCGUGGACGAGGCGCUGGACGCCUUUGUGAGCGAGAAACGCACGACCCACCGUCAGGCCUUGCAGGCUGCGCGUGCUGGACGCGCAGUCGCCGACCUCGACGCGCCCGCUCGUGCCCUCCUCCUCGAGCACCUCAUCGAGUGUGUCUACGAUGAACGACCUGAACUCAGUUUUAACGCUGUUCUCAAUGCCCCCAAGGACAACGUCGUCGACAAAGACGUUGGAAUUUUCGGACCCCCGGACGACGAAAGUCUAUUAAUUAAGGCUGGACAAGAUGCUACUGGCUCUAGUUAUUAUUACAUGGAUGAUCUCCGUCUUUAUCGUGAAACUCCACAGAGUGGGCUCUCCUCCCAUUGGUCCGUCGCAGUCGGCCCAACUAUUCACCAAUGGACCUCCUUUAUCGCCUCGCUUGGUCGAGUCGGGGAAGAGGCGGACCUUUGUCACUUUUUACAACACGAGCUCUUUGCAUUUGUACAAGAGUGCAUUGAGAACCCUUACAUGAAUCAGCUCAAUGAUGAGCUCAACUCGGCCCGUCUUCUCGAUAAGGAGGCAGCUGAGUUGGCUGAGAUCCGACGUCAACGGGGCCUGCCCCCCAUCACUACCGUCGCACCACAAUGCAAAUCAUCCCUCUCGCCUCCCCCACCCCCUCCUCAGGUUGCUCCUCUAGUUGCAGAAUGCAGUGGAGGCAGUAGCGCCGGCAGCAGCAGCGGAAAUUCCACAUCAACUUGCCCCCUUACUCCGCCCAACGGUACACCCUCCGUACUCGUCGGGAUCUCCCAGAUCUCUCAGACGACUGCGCCAACUCCAGAGCGAGCUCCAGAUGCCAAGGAGUGUCCUACUGCCCCGGAUACUCCCGGUAAAAUAUCUGUCAGUGUCUGGUUCCCGGAGAGUCAUUCGUCUUCGGCCGUAGGAGUAUCAGCAGGCACGCGUUAUCAGCACCCAAGCAGUGUUGAUCCUCCUAGAUCCUCAUCCGCACUCUGUUCCUCUUCAUCACCAUCUCAGGACUGCAAGACGACUGUUGACACAGUGACAGGUCAGUCACAGCUCGACUCGCCCCUUCGACGGCCAGCCAGUGGACCGACACCCAGCGCCGUCGCCUCACAGGCUGAUGGUGGACAACCACACUCGGCCCCUCCUUUCUCAUCUUUCUCAACGGGCGCAGGUCGUAGAAGAGCCUCCAUGACUAUCUCUUGUCAGUCUUCCUCUGCAGCAACCGGACCAAAGCCAGAAGCUGGAUGUAAUGUAGUCGGUGGAAUAAAAAAUGAGAUAGGCACGAUAUCGAAAGCUGCAGUAUCGUCGUCUGCUCCUGCCAUCGUGUCUAGUGCAUCUCACCCCUCUGCCGCGGUCGGCCCCUCUCUGAUGAUUGGAGGUCCCCCAGGUCAGGCCCCCUCGCACACCCUUGUUUUUACCACCGAGCUUGCCAAUGAGGCUGCAGCGAAGUAUGCGCGGACUCGUCUACGUAUCACAACGUUUCACUCAAUGCAUCCACUUGUGCACCAAUUCAUGGUGCAUAAUGGCUGGUCCCCCGGUGCCGCGGCUGUGGGUGGUGUCGUGGAUCACGUCGCGGUCACGCAAGAACAAUUAGAGAACCGGAAGAGUAAAAUGGCCCAACUCGAAAAGAUCCACUCCAAAUUGACCAAAAGUAAGAUGGCUUCGACACCUGGAGCAGCCACAGUUGCUGCAAUGCAACAACAAAUUUAUGCUGGCGGUGGGCAGAUAUCACAGCUAUCGCCUACUGGCGGUGCAGUACUUCAUCCAGACCAGCGUAAGUUUCUUCAUCUUCGUCUCAUUGCCACAUACUGGUUGAGUCAUCGUCACCGCCACCGCCUGUUGUCAAGCCUGUGUCGAAUAUCCUUUUACACAUUCGGAAAUGGUGAACACGUUGUUCCUGUUCCUCCCCAACAACCAGGGGUCAUAUCUCCCGAUAUUCAGUAUCAUUCUCGUGGGAUGAUGGUUCCCAGGCCAGAAGAGCGUGAUUUUGACCGAAUUUCGUGGGUACAGCAGCGUAAACAUCCUGGUGCUAUGGGAGACCCCAGUACUGUACACUUUCCGUACGGUGGCCCGGCAGAACAUAUGGUUGCCCACACCCCAUCAGCUGGGGGUCCGCCUGUUCUUGUGGUACCUCCAAAUAAUGCCUGUGGUUACCCUUCUUCAUCGAAUCGAUUUUGCGUUCCAUCCGCACCUCCGCCACCACCAUACAAGCGACCUUACCCACCUGAGAUGACGCCUCCAGAACAGCAAUUUUGGGAUCAGCAACAAGCUAUGUUUGAGCAACACCAACAACAGCAGCAGGCAAUGUUGCUACAACAACAGGUCCAGCCGCCCAUUGUUACGACGGCAUCUUCAGUUAGCUGUGGCAGGCCAAAUUCAGGGAGAAGCGGACUGAGUAAAAAACGAAAAUCGACAACUGCGGCUGCCAACCGAUCUACUCCUACUCGUCCUGUCCAACCUACUGCAGCUUCACCUUUUGGUGGACCGCAGAGACUACCACAACCUCCUGGAGGAGGGAUCAAGUCCGGGGGUUUCGGAAGCGUCCCGAUCGGACCCCCACGUGGUUCAGUUUCGAGUAACAAUUACCAACCCAUGCCCGGUGACUCCAUGAACGGAGGAUAUGCUAAUUCGGGCUUUCGAAGCGCCGUUGUCAGUUCCGGCGGCGGGGCGCACGUAAUGGAACAAUCUGCAUAUGCACCUACUCCUUCCGGUUCCACGGGCUCCUCCAUUCCUUCAAGUUCGUCAUCCCAACAUCAGCAGCAGCAGCAACAGACUCUCUCCGGUAAUUAUAACCACUCAGCAGACAGUGCUCCAUUGUCUUCAUCAUCAACUCAGCACCUCACCUCUGCGAGCCUUGCAAGCCUCGCGCGUCUGUCGCAACUCUCAGGCUCGGAGGGACCGUUCUGUUCCCCUACCACGUCCACUGGCCCUCUUACGCCUUCUGGGUAUUCAAGGAUGACUUCGGUGCCAGACAUACUUGGUUUUUCAUCCAAUGGAGGUGUGAUGCCCAAUCCCGAAAGCGAUCCCAGUUCCCUUUAUUCAAUGGGCACUGUUGCUUCUACUCCCAGUGCUGGUGGUAGUAGUUCCUUUCAGGGGCUCCCUAUGUCCCAUUCCUCCGGUCAGGGAGGUCAACAAUUGUCGUCACCUCCAGUGGGUCACACCUCUGGGUUUCACAACUCGCAAAGUCAACUGUCACCACACCAACAACUAUCUCAGGCACAGGGUCCACAGUUAAUGGGUCGUCCGUUGGACCAAAUUCAGCCUCCGAAUAGUGGCGGUGUGUUUCCUUCUGCUGAUCAAGUGAGACCCGGUGAUGCUCGGUGUCUAACGCCAACCUCUGCCCCACCAAUCUGUCCUACGUCAGCUUCUCCCACGAUCCCCACUACCACUACUCCAUCGUCUUCUGCGGUAUCCCAACAGGCCUCACAGCAGCCUCCAUCAAUACAAGUGAGUCCCUUAUUCCGUCUCUUACCUCGCGCUCUUUUAUUCUCCCUGGCGUAUCUUCUGUGUUUGGUAAAUAAUACCUUCUUCAAUGCUCAAUUAAAUGUGCAACAAAUGAACUAUCAGCACGUUAACGGAGUUGGAGGAAGCUCCCAAAUGCAGAUUCAUUUUAUGCAGCAGCAGCAGCAACGACCUUUCUUCGGUGGUAAUGGGGGUCCACCAACGCAGCCUCCUCCGCCGAAUCAAAAAGUCGAGGCGCGCACUUCACAACAGCCCACUAACGUACAGAUCACACCAAAGACACCACACACAAUUCAAUACCUCCCGUCUUCUACUGCUGCCGCGGCCACAUCGACGACUAAUGUCCUCUCCUGUGUGCAAUAUCCAUCCCAAACAGCAACUGCUGGGAACAGUGGAAAAUUGCGUCUUUCCCAAUCUGUGUCCGCAGCACCGUCUCAGCCUGCUUCGAGGAUGCAGUCGCCGACUCACCCCCAUUUGGUACCAAGUUCCGUAGCAACUGCCCCUGCUGCUUCUACAAGCAACUCCACCUCUUCUUUGGCAGCCUCUGAUCACCGGGGUGCCCCUCCACCAGCUAUGCAACAGCAGAGAGGACCGAAAGUUGACCCAACUCAGUCACUGCCUCCGCCGCCGCUUCCCAUGACAGCAGCAGCGCAGGGCACAUUGACGAUGGGUAGUGGAGGUAGUCUGGUUCCUCCUGGUUAG